AUGACCGUUCCGGCAUCUUUGUAUGUCGUCGGCAUCUUGCAUGCAAACAACUACAGAGAUAUGGAAGUGGACAGACGAGGAGGCUCGAGAACUGUGGCCAUACUGCUGGGCCCCAAGGCGUCGCUGGUUUACUACUAUGGCCUGCUGAUGGGAGCCCACGCUCUUGCACUCCUUUUGGGCGUGACAUUCGGGUGCCAUGGCGUGGCUGCGACCAUCUUUGUGCUUCCACAGUCGCUGUGGCUCUGUGUUCGCAUACACAGACAAGAGCUACUCCGUGAUCAGGAUGAGGAGACGGCAAAGUCGAUGAUGAU